AUGGCUCUGAAUAAUCCCCACCCACUGGGACCAUGGAAGAUCACAGUUUAUGACCAGGAGAACUUCCAGGGUAAGCGUCUGGAGUUUACUUCAGCGUGCCAGAACAUCAUGGAGUGUGGCGUGGACAACAUCCGCUCGCUGAAGGUGGAAUGUGGAGCCUGGGCCGGAUAUGAGCACUCCAGUUUCUGUGGACAGCAGUUUGUGUUGGAGAGAGGAGAAUAUCCUCACUGGGAGUCUUGGAGUGGCAGCAACGCCUACCACAUUGAGAGGAUGAUGUCCUUCCGCCCCAUCUGCUCUGCUCACCACAAGGAGUCCAAGAUGGUGCUGUUUGAGAAGGAGAACUUCAUGGGACGCCAGUGGGAGGUGAACGAUGACUACCCGUCUCUGCAGGCCAUGGGCUGGGGCAACAACGAGAUUGGAUCCAUGCAAGUUCAGAGCGGCGCCUGGGUAUGCUACCAGUUUCCAGGUUACCGUGGUUACCAGUACAUCAUGGAGUGCGAUCGCCAUGGUGGCGAGUACAAACAUUACAGAGAGUGGGGCUCCCAUGCUCAGUCCUUCCAGGUGCAGUCGGUGCGUCGAAUCCAGCAAUGA